GUAACUUUGCCAGUAGGAACUCUAUGCUCUCCAACACAUUCAGUCCCAUUUGAGUUCUCUCGGGACUGAUUCACCAGGAGACUCAGGUUGAUACUCACCUCUUAUGGUCCAAUGGCAGUAUGGUUCAAAGGUGGAUGGAAGUUUAAGCUGUAACUGACUCCUCAGUCAAAAAAAAUGAUGGAUUCUUUGAAGGAUGACGAUGUAAGGGUGAAUGUGAAGAGCCUCAUAUCUACAUUCAGUGACACAAAAUUGUCAGGAAAUUCUUCUGGUUCAAAGGACAAGGCCAAAGGGUCAGCUCCCAGUGGAUGUUGGAGCGUGAAGUCCAAGGAACCCCCUUUACUUUUCAAAGACCAACAGUCAGCUCCCAGUGGAUGUUGGAGCGUGAAGUCCAAGGAACCCCCUUUACUUUUCAAAGACCAACAGUCAGUUCCCAGUGGAUGUUGGAGCGUGAAAUCCAAGGAACCCCCUUUACUUUUCAAAGACCAACAAUCGGCAGGACCAGAUGAUAACUAUUUUGAGUACAAGUCAGACUUGUCUUCAGUGGACAAUGGCCAUGUUAAUUUUGAAAAGAAAAUAAAUUUACCAUAUGGGAUGCCUCAGCCGUGGGGUGGACAUGUGAUGUGUACUAUGAACGUACAAAGGUCAAAGAUACCGUCUGCUGCGUAUCCAGUACCCAGACCUGAUCGCAGAGCUCCUGAUGACAACAGGGCAAAAGGGAACCGUGCAAAGUCCAGUUUGGAGUCACAGAGGACUAAUCAGGGGAGGGAUUUUCCAUCACAUCAUAAUGUCUGUCGGGACUAUCUGAAGACAAAUUUCUCGUCUGAGUCAUCCGGUUACUCUUCGUCUGAGACUUCUGGAUCAAGAGAUUCCCAACAUGAUGAAAGGCCAGUUUUAUAUGGUGAUAUAAAGGAGGUGAUCUGUGACAUCUGCCUCAAGUUACCAGCUGUGAAGACUUGCCUGACCUGUGCCAUCUCCUACUGUGAUGCUGAUAUCCGGCAGCAUUAUACUGUGGAAGCACUGCAGAGACACGCAUUGACAGAUGUGCGUGAUGAAAUUGAGGAGAAACGCUGCCGGCACUAUGAAAAGUCUCUAGAUUUCUUCUGCAAGACUGAUCAGAUGACUAUCUGCAGCAUUUGUGCACAAAUCACAAGUCACAGAGGUCAUGACAUCAUCCCUCAGAGUCACGUUAAAAUAUCUAAGCCUAAAACACCUGAGACAGGCUUUUCUUUGCCAGUGGUGCCUCCUCCUGGUAAGAUUGAGUUCCUGUCAGUGAAGCGAAACUCUGUGGUCCUAAAAUGGGGAAGCCCGAAGGGACUGGAGGGGCCUAAGAGGUUCAGAGUUAAGUGGAGAUCCUUGGGUGGAGAGGUGGAGAAGUGCUUAGUCAUUAAAGAGCUUCAUACAAUUGAAAUAAACAAUCUUCAGCUUGGACAACAGUAUUUGUUCAGUGUGGCUACAGAAGACCAGGAUGGAAAUUUAAGUGAAUGGGUCACAGAAUCUGUUUUCACAGUGGUGCCAGCCCCUCAGCACUUAACAAAAGGAUAUUCAGAGGCCACGGCUUUUUCCUUGACAUGGACCAAAGGAGAAAGCAUGGAGGGAAUUCCACAUCAAUUCCUACUAACUAUCACAAGUCCAGGGAAAGAGCAGCAAGCAAUACACACCGAAGAGUGCUACAAGAUAUUCUCUGAUUUAAAGCCAGACACAGAGUACAAGAUCACUGUCGAGACAGUGCUGAACAAUCAGUACAGUGAGAAGGUCUCUACAACUAUACACACAGAGCCAUGUCUCAGGAAGGUGCUGUCAAAGAUGGGACUUGAAGACUACUAUGACAACAAGCUCACACUUAGUUCUGUUCUGGAGAUUAAUCAGAAUGACACAUCAGAAAACAAACUUGAAACUGCAAACUCACUUCCUGAGGCCUUCUUGAAGAAACUUAUGAUUUUGAAUAAAAAUGCUAGAAGUGUCAGAUCCCACGAUGUAGACAGAGACAAGAACAAUGCCAUCAAUCCCCUGGACCUGAUAACUGCGUUGUUUCUCUGUUCAGAUGGCUUUCUUCAGCAGGACAUAGUUCUGAAAAUGGUACUCUGCCAGUUUGCUCUCCCACUCUUGCUACCAAACCAUGAAACAAGAAAAAUCACAAUGAUGCUGUGGACCAUGCGUGAUAUCGUCAGAGCUUUCAGCCCCUCAAUCCAGGCGUUCAGAAAGAGAAGCUGUGAGGAAAGAAUUGUACUCUCUGAUAUUCCUCUGGUGUCAUUUGUCAGGCUGGGGAGGACAUCCUUGUCCAAGUCUCAGAUGUUGAACAAGCUGUUCAGUAACACCAGGCAGUGCCAUGACACAUUUUAUCAUCACAACAUGGAGUGUGGUGAUGUCCCCAGGAGGAUUUCAGAGGGGCUAGUAGAAAUCAGCUGGUACCUCCCAUGUGGGAAGAAGACUGUAGACAAAUUCACUGAACCACUGGCUGUUGCCAACCUCAGAGGAGACAUCAAGGCCUUUGACAAGCAAUUCUCGUUCCUUUGCCGAACAUCCGCAGCCAUUUACAUCUUCUGUGAUGAAUCUGAAGCUGAUUACUUCAAGAAUCUGGAAGGAAAAGACGUGAAAGCAAAUGUCAAUUUGAUAAGCAGCAUGCAUGGGAAAACCACGCUCAAAAUGAUGACGAUGAAACCAAGUUUAAAGACAACUAAUGUGACCGGGAAGAAAAAUACUGAUGAAGAGCUAAUAAAAGCUCUCCAGGAAUCAAUCUCUAAGAUGUUAGAAAACUGCCCAAACAAAGUGUCUGUGGAAAAUCUGGCUGACGCAGCUCGCCAGUGUGGGAUCCUGGUUGAUGAGGAUAGUGAUGAAUGCCAGAGUGCGCUAAAGAAUGCAAGUAAAAUCACUAAACAAGUCACUAACGCCUCUGAAUUCAAAGACAAAAAACUUAAAGGAAAACAGCUAAGAUUUGAGAUGACAGCUGCAAUGUCAAGCUUCCUUCAUGGCGUGGUCACCUCAGAAACACAAUGCUACUAUUUCCUCAAAUGGUUGGAAAUGGAUCUGGACAAUAAGUCCCGAAACCAGCUCUCAGAUCUGCGGGAUCGAUACAAAGACGUUAGCCAGAAAUUUCCCCAAGACGCAGAAAAAAUUGCGGAGAUUGACAAGCAAAUAUCUGUUUGUUCUUUACGCCUGGAUCACUUUUUCCGAGAGUGUGGGCAGCUGUAUGAAUGUGCGAGUGACCUGCCAGAACUCAGCCGUCAGAGAAAAACCAUGGAGAAACUCCCAGCACUGUGUGCUCGGAUGCUGCUGGAUGGUUUCCCUCUUGAACUUGUUGAUGGAGAUACAGCAAACAUCCCGAUGAAAUGGAUCACUGAGGUGCUUACUGAGCUUCACAACAUUAUGCAGUCCAACAGCAAGCUCAAGGUCAUUACCAUCAUUGGAGCGGAAAACUCAGGAAAAUCGACUCUGCUCAACACCAUGUUUGGGGUCAGAUUUGCAGUCAGCAAAGGAACAUGCACCAGAGGGGCAUUCAUCCAACUGAUCAAUGUCAACAAAGACGUUAGAGAGGAACUGGGGUGUGACUGCCUAUUGAUCAUUGACACAGAGGGACUGAAACCUAAUCAAAUGGUUCAAGAUGAUUACAGCCAUGAAUGUGACAAGGAAGUAGUGAGCCUCGCUGUGGCACUAAGUGACGCCACAAUCGUGAGCGUUUCCAGGGACAACUCCAGUGAGAAAGACAUCUUGGAGAUGGUGCUUCAUGCUUCAUGCUCAAGGUUAAAAUAUGUGGGAACAAAGCCACUGUGUCAUUUUGUACAUAGUAACAUGUCUGAUAUGCCUGCUGCAGAAAGGAGGAGUAGUACAUAUUUGGUAGAACAGCUCAAUGAAAUGAUCCGGAAGGACACUCAGAUGAAGAAGGACAAAAUCACUAAGAUCUCAGAUGUGAUGCAGUUUGAUCCAGACACUUGCAGCUGGCAUAUUCCUCCGGUUUGGCAUGGGACUCCACCGAUGGCUCCUUUCAGUGUUGACUAUAGUGAGACUGCACAUGCUUUGAAAAAGCGACUAAUAGGGGACCUCAGAAAGUGCCAGAAAAGGGGUGAUCUGACAGAUUUUAUCAGGACGGUGGAACACUUCUGGAAGACUCCAUAAGAAUUGAGGCCACAUCUGAGAAAAAUGCAGCAAAUUAGUGUGAACAGAGAAACUGGGAAUCAGAGUAAUUAAUAAUUUUCUUUUCAGUAUCAUCAACAAAAUGGAAUCCAGUUAAAUUUGAAAAAGAAAAGAUAUCUGGUCAAUAAAAACUAGUUUAUUGUCAC